CAUACAAAAACCUUCUAUUACAAACUACACAUUCAUUCAUAAUACAAUGGAGAGAGUAACAAAGAUGGUUUCAGAAAGGCCAGUGGUGAUAUUCAGCAAGAGUUCAUGUUGCAUGAGUCAUACAAUAAAGACACUUUUUUGUGACUUUGGUGUGAAUCCAGCAGUUUAUGAACUUGAUGAGAUACCAAGAGGUAGAGACAUUGAACAAGCACUAUUAAGACUUGGUUCUUCUCCAUCUGUUCCAACUGUUUUCAUUGCUGGUGAACUUGUUGGUGGAGCUAAUCAAGUCAUGAGUCUUCAUCUUAACCGUUCUUUGAUUCCAAUGCUUAAAAAAGCUGGUGCUCUUUGGGUUUAAUCUCAUAUAUCAGCCACUUAAUAAAUUAACUAACUUUGUUUAGUAAGUAUGAGAUUAUAUACAAAGAGAGGCAGAAUAUAUCUAUAUAUAGGAUCAAGUCCUCCAUUUAGCCUUCUUUUUUUGGGGUUGAAUGUAAUGUUUUUGAUGUAAUUGUGUUAUCUUUUUGAUGAGUAUGAUAAUAAAUAAAUUAAUAUAUGGAUGUUUUUGUGUUAA